AUGGUUUUUAUCGAACAUCGGAGUUUGAUAAAGAAAGAAAAUAUUAUACUGUUUUUUAUUGCUCCAUGAUAACAGAAGUGCAACUCUCGAAACGGAUUCGAAGCUCAUAUAAAUCAUCCUCGUACUGUGGCGUAAAAUCUGUAGAGAAUUUAUUCUCAGGGAACUAAAAAUGUGCCUGGCACGUGAUGACAGGACUGUCACACCCCUAGAAUAUCUGUGAAUGAAUAUUUUUUGUGUGACUGAGUUCGUCCAGAACAUGUUUAUAAAUACUGCAUGAUGUCGAGCAGUGAUAAAACCUCGAAUGAAACAAUGGAGCUCAGUGAUGCUGGCAAUGACAAGAGCUCUGUGCAUCUUGCUGUAUCGUUCAGAAAAGUGUGCAUUGCUACCGCCUGUUUACCACUCGUCACGUUGUUAAUCUGUUUCGUUACUGCAUACAUAUUCCAACAGGAUGACAUACAUGAGACGCAUUGUCGAGUUUACAACGUGCUGCCCUCAAUAUCAGCGAUAACUGGAGUCUCCCCCCAGAGGUACCUCUGGCGAGUCAGCAUAGCCCUCCACAUCGGACCCAGACUCGUCAUAGCAAUUGUCUAUCACUCGUUUUACCGUAAAAUUCUCACAGCACUUGAACAUCUGCCAACGAAAGUACUGGGAUGCAGACUCCUCAACCUCUGUUUCUGGCUCAACAUCGCUGAAAUAGCGUCACUCUGUGGUGUAACAUACAUCUCAAAUCGCGAGAAUUACUAUGCCCAUGAAAAAAUCUUCAUCAUCUUCAUGGUCAGUUCACUGAUGUACAUGCUGGCUGCUGUCAAGUUGGGACGCUUGGUGACACCAACUGCACAAAGUCUACAUUAUAAGGAGAAGCUGUUUGUCACCAGUCUUGUUAGCACUGUUGGGCUCAUUAUUUUCUUCCUGAAGCAUCGAUUACUGUGUCAUGAUUUGGCAUUCAGCUGGUUCUCAUUAUGCGAAUACAUAAUAGCCUCAGCAAACAUGGGAUUUCAUGCGACAGUAAUUCUCGAUUUUCCGAAGGAACGACUGGUCGUAGGUUGUGGAAUACCUGCGGUUAAAGUUGAUUAAACGAUUUAUAAUACUUCGCGUUGUUUAUCAUCAUCUUCAAAGUGCCUAUUGCCAAUAAUUGCAGCAGUCAAUCUACCCUGAAUGUAACAAAGAGAUUUAAACGAAUUUAAUUGAGAUUGAAUCAGUGGCACUGGGCACUUGUCAGAUGACAUGUGAUAAGGCCUUGCGUUGUUGUAAUCCUCUAGAUUAAUAGGUAUUUAACGGAGUGGUCGAGAUUCGAGAGUGGGUGACUACGUUGAAGCGUUUCAAUGUAGCUCACUGGAUUUUGUAAAUUCGAUUUUUUGAGGGGCAAUAGUAUACUGAGAGGAAAAAAAAUGUUCUCAAACAAGUCUCAUUUGAAAAAAAAAAAUCACUAGUUGAAGUGUCCCGAGAUGCAAAAUGUUUGCUGCAAAAUAGAUUUAGUUGUUUCAAAAAAUAACUUUCUAUGCAAGAAAAAAAUCGAAUUUCAGGUACGGUGGCACGUUUGUUGAACUAGGCGGCUAUUUAACUACGAUGUUUUAACUACGACAUUUAAAUCUCAAUUUUCAACUACGACACGCCAAUUAAUUUUAUUUCAAUCGCUACAUUUGUAAUAAUUAGCGGAAAUCAUUCAAUUUUUAUUAUUUUUUUCUCCUUGCAUUUUAUAGAUAAACGUUACCGAACUCAGCGUUAGUUAGCAUUUCAACUAACGCAUCAGUAAUUCAAAGCGAUAAAACGAUUUAAGUCGACUUAGCUCCUAACUGAGUUUUCCAGGAAUAUCUCCGAAUCUAAGGGAGAUAGCGAAAUUUUCAUUAUAAGCUUGUUUAUAGCUCUCAAGUUGCUCCACUAAAAAGGUUAUAACAAAAAUUCCGCUAUCUGCCUUAGAUUCCGAGAUAUUCAUUGAAGACUAAGCAAUAGCCAAAAUCGACGUGAACCAUUUUACCGCUUCGCUACUGAAUUAAUAUGAUGCAAAGCAUAAAAUUAUCUUUUCUAGUGACAAUUUGUGAAAGACUAAUAAUUCAAUUAUAAUUUAUAAUUCCUCAUGUUAUUUUGACGGUUUGCAUACAUGUGUGGACGAAUUGAAAAUUCACAAGCACGAAUAUUGUGGGGGAUCGUAGAUGUUUUAAGAAAUUUUGGGAUAGAUUUCCUAAAAAUAUCAUUUGUUCGUGGUGUAUUUAGCUGAAAUGUCGCCUAGUAGAAAAGACAUGGAGAAAAAGAUUUAAUGUCAAACACUACUCAUGCUAAUGCGAGAAGAUAAACAAUUAAUUUCUAAAUAGGAUGAUAAUGGUGAUAUGUUAACAAUCCUGUUUUCAUCCUGAAACGACACAAUUACACGUGAAUGAUCCGCCCCUUGAGUCAAAUAUUUUAUUGUGGAAGGCAGAGCAAUCAUUCAAUUUAAAACUUUCGUAUGUUUAAAUUAAAUAGCUCCUAUCUUGGCGAUUUUCCACUUGCAAUAUUUUUUGUUCAAACAAAACUUGUUUGAGACCACGCUCGCCUUUCUCUCAGUGCAAGUACGAGUUGAGGGAAUCUAGUCGAUUUACUUAUACAGUCUAGUCCAAUUUUUAUCCGCAGCUCCUCGAAAUGAAAAUUGUAAAUUUAUCUGCUGUUAAUAUCUCUAGGAUAUCAUGAAUGAUAAAUUAAUUUUAGAGAUUGGCAACUAGGGGAUAAAAUUGUUCAAUAAAUUACGUAUUGCAUUUUCGUUAAUGGACAGGUGUUUUUCCAACUCAAGUUUGUGCUCGCGCAUCAAAGGAACCUAUUGUAUUUUCCGUUUUUAGGAAUUUAUUAAUAAGAUACUCGAGAUAUACGAAGAUUCGAUUUAUCGAUGUCUGAUUUUUAAGAAUUCGUAUGUCUCUGGAAGAAUACUCUGUAACAAUCUUAGGAUUUUAACUGUCCUACUGUAGAGAGAUAUAAUAUAUUCAGAUCGAAAAAUUAGAGAUAUAAUUAAUUUUAACUGAAUUGGGGUUUGCGUGGAACAAGUGAGAAAGUUGUUGGGCUAUGAGUAAAGAUUUCUCUCAAAUAUAAAUUCAAAACGAAGAUGGAUUUUCAAAAAUCAGAUGACAACCGGUUGGUCUAGGCGGUCUUCAUAAAUAUUAUAGAAGUAGAAAAGAAGUUGAAAUACUUGUUUUAUUUAUUUAUUUAUUUUCAAUAUUUCAAUUUUAUUUGCCGAUGUUGAGUGCGGGUGGUUUCGAAAAUUAGUCCAGGAAUAUGAAUUGCUAUAUAUAUUUGUUAAUUCAAAUGUUUUUUACCGACAUGUGCGCUGCCGCACGUAACCCCUCACUCGACGAAUAUUUUUAUACAAUGGCUAUGGGGCUACGCCCCCUACUCGCUUCCCUCGCCAACCCCCAUGAACCUUAUUUUGACCUUUGUGACUGACCCUCGUGCCCCUUAUUUUGACCCUU